ACCGCCUGAAGAGCGUACGGCGCGUGAAGAGAUUUAUCCCAUUGAUCAACAAUGCCGAGGGGGCGGGGACAGCGGCGAUUGCGUCAUAAAGGAACCGAAGAUGGCUUCACGAUGCGCUACGGCAGUGCUCAGAUGCGUCAACGCUCAGCUGUCAGUACACACGUUUAUAUGAAAAGGAAGGAAGGCUAGGGAAAAAAAAGAUAUACUGGCAGAAGGGCAGGCGAGCCUUUCAGAUUUAUGUCUCCAGCCGGUUUAUGCUGCACCUGGGUUGUUUAACAGUCAGGGACAAUGGGUUCGACUACAGAUGAAGAAUUUAAGGAGAAAUUACUAUGGAACGUCAAAAGAGAAGUGAAGCAGAUUAUGGAGGAGGCGGUGACCAAGAAGUUUGUCCAUGAAGACAGCAGCCACAUUAUUGCACUUUGCAGCUCCAUCGAGGCUUGCUUAAGCCACCUGCUGAAAAGGAGAGCGGCAGGAUUCCUCCGCAGUGAUAAAAUUGCUGCCCUCUUCACUAAGAUCGGCAAAGUUAACACCACAGUGAGCGAGAUCUGCCGCAAGGUUCAAGAACAGCUGCAGCAGCAGGCUGAAAUCACCAGGAGAACCCAGAGCACAGGACAGGAGUCCCUCAGGAGGCAGGGUUCCUCUACCGGACGGGCCCCUCAGCCACUCUCCGCACAGGCUAUCAAGCACAUAUGGGUCCGCACUGCCCUCUUUGAGAAAGUCUUGGACAAGAUUGUGCAGUAUAUUGUGGAUAAUGCAAGUAAGUAUUAUGAAAGGGAGGCUCUCAUGCACGACUCUGUGUUUGGACCCAUACUGGCGGCACUGCUAGUUGGACCUUGCGCACUGGAAUACACAAAGCUGAAGACAUCAGAUCAUUUUUGGACUGACCCAUCAGCCAAUGAGCUGGUCCAGAGACAUCGAAUCCAUGGAGCCCACAGAGGCCAGGAGGUGUCGCCCGGCCGCAGACCUGCACUGGGGAUUCGAAAGCGUCAGUCCUCAGGAAGCAUGUCUGAGGAUAAGUUUGCAGCCUCAGCGAGAGAGUAUGUUGAAUCUCUGCACCAAAACUCACGUGUUCACUUACUGUACGGGAAGAACAACGUACUCGUGCAGCCGAAGAAGGACAUGGAGGUGCUGCGCGGUUACCUGUCCCUUCAUCAGACGGCAGAAACCCUCACACUGAAGUGGACGCCCAAUCAGCUCAUCAAUGGCACUCUGGGAGACUGUGACCUGGAGAAGAGUAUUUACUGGGACUAUGCUUUGACUGUGCCUUUAAGACAGAUCGUCUGCAUUCAUUGCCACCAACGCCCGGACUGUGGAGGUACUCUGGUGUUGGUCAGUCAGGAUGGGAUCCAGCGGCCUCCUCUGCACUUUCCUCCUGGAGGACAUCUGCUGGCCUUCCUCUCCUGCCUGGAGACGGGUCUCCUGCCCCGGGGUCAGCUGGAACCCCCUCUCUGGUCCCAGAGGGGAAAGGGUAAAGUCUUCCCAAAGCUUCGUAAGAGGAACAGCACGGCCCGUUUGGUGGAUCAGGAUGGGGACGGGGAGGACCAGAUUGCUGCAGACUAUGUGUUUCGCAUCGUUUAUCCGGGUCACCGUCACGACUCAAUCACUAUAAACUACCACCACAGCACGGGCAGUCGUGCGCCCUCUCUGGACGACGAUGAGGAGGAGGAGGAUAGACUUCACGCUAUGAUCUCUAUGAUCUGCUCACGGAACCUCACAGAUCCUAAUGUCAUGAAAGACCACGGGGACCUGAUGGAGAUGCAGGGUUUUGGCGGCAGCCCCUUGUCAUGGCAGCAGGGCGAGUGCACCAGUCAUAUGUCAUCAUGUCUGUCCUGCUCCACCGGUGGCAGCAACGCCUCCGUCGAGCUUCCAGCCAGCUGCACCUGCAUGCAUGAUCGGAUUCCUCUGAAGAUGCUGUGCCAAAAUAUGAAGAGACAGAUUGUGUCUCGAGCGUUUUAUGGCUGGCUGGCCUACUGUCGGCAUCUGUCAACAGUGAGAACACAUCUUUCAGCGCUGGUCAACCACAACAUCGUUCCCCCGGACAAGCCCUGUGAAGCCUCUGGAGGCCUCAGCAAAGAUGUGUGGAGUAAAUAUCAGAAAGACUGUAAGAACUAUAAGGAGCUGGAGCUGCUGAGGUUGGUUUAUUAUGGAGGGGUGGAGCAUGAGAUCAGAAAGGAAGUGUGGCCGUUUCUGCUGGGACACUACAAGUUUGGGAUGGAUAAAAAAAAUAUGGCUCAGAUUGAUGAGAAAAUCACAGCAAGGUAUCAGCAGGUGAUGAGGGAGUGGAAGGCCUGUGAAGUCAUUGUGAAGCAGCGAGAGAAAGAGAUGCAGUCGGCCAUUUUCGCCAAGUUGUCGUCUGGAAGCAGUAUAGACAGCCACGUCCUCAGACUCAUCCACAGAGACUCCACUAUCAGCAAUGAGGUGUUCAUGUCUGUGGACGAGCCUGACGCCGGGGGUCAGGAUACCUCAUGUGAAGACAGCACACCCACUUUAACCACAGUGGUCACCCCGGCCAUGCUAGCCCCAGACGAGAGGCCACUGGUGGAGUUCGACUCUCCAGACUCAGGCCUGCCCUCCUCCAGGAACUACUCCGUCGCGUCAGGACAUUCCCAAAUCAUGUCCAGCAUCGACGAUGGCCAGAGCAUGGAGGAGGACACGACACCCACUGGAGGACUUGAGGAGCAGGGCGGACGCGGCUCUCUGAGUGAGGACAAACUGUGCAGUCAGCUGGACAAACUCACGACCACCAGCAGCUCUGAGGGCACUGCACCGUCUUUCUCCUCUUAUACGAUCGAGCUGUUGGACACGGUGGCGCUGAACUUGCACAGAAUAGACAAAGAUGUCCAGCGCUGCGAUCGCAACUACUACUAUUUCACUAGCAGCAACCUGGAGAAACUGCGCAACAUCAUGUGCAGUUACGUGUGGGAGCAUCUGGAGAUCGGCUAUGUGCAGGGCAUGUGUGACCUGCUGGCCCCAUUAAUGGUCAUUCUGGAUGACGAGUGCUUGGCCUACAGCUGCUUCACUCAGCUGAUGAGGAGGAUGAGUCAGAAUUUCCCCACCGGAGGGGCCAUGGACACUCAUUUCGCCAAUAUGAGGUCACUGAUACAGAUCCUUGACUCAGAGCUGUUUGAGCUCAUGCAUCAGAAUGGAGAUUACACUCACUUCUACUUCUGCUACCGCUGGUUCCUCCUGGACUUCAAAAGAGAGCUGCUGUAUGAGGAUGUGUUUGCAGUUUGGGAGGUGAUCUGGGUUGCCCCUCGUAUAUCCUCUAAGCACUUUGUCCUGUUCAUUGCACUGGCUCUGGUGGAGGUUUACCGGGACAUCAUCCUGGACAACAACAUGGACUUCACUGACAUCAUCAAGUUCUUUAAUGAGAUGGCGGAGCGCCACGACGUGCAGCACAUUCUCCGAAUGGCGCGGGAGCUGGUACACAAGGUGCAGACCCUCAUCGAGAACAAGUGAGAACGAGAGUAGGCAGCCGCCCACCAAAAUCUCUCUAUCUCUCUUUCUCUCUCUCUUGUUUCCACUGUCCUGGAUCUGCCUGGACGUCUGGACUCUUCUGUCGUUUGCCUGCCACAGAAUGCCGUUGUGUCAGACCUGGCGUUGUCUGCAUGCUCGUGGUGUUUGAGCACACUGUGACUGAGGUUUUCAUUUCCGUUUCUUGCUGUACACGCCGCACUGAUCAGGUCCUUUUAGAUCUGCUUUUAUAAAGAGAUGAGAUGCCUCCUAUUUGGGCUCACAAGCAUUUCCUUUCCCUAAAGGCCGCCAAAUAGAAGUCUUUUAGCGGUGACUGACUGUGGUGUUGUUUGUCGUCGGGCAGAUUCGUUUGAGCACAGUUUUGAAUCCUUAAAUAAUAACUAAGCCACGAAGAAGUCGUCCAAACAGUGUGACCAAAAGGACUGUGCCAAUAAUUACCUUCUACUAGUAUUUAUUUAAGCCUCGUUUUUAUCGUUUCACCGUCUUUAGCCCCUUUUUUCGGUUUGUCUAUGGUGAUGAUGACAAUGAUCUCGGAAAUAAAAGUAGUCGACGUUGCCUUUGUAACACAUUUCAGAAUUUGUGUCCGUUUUGCACUUUGACCUUGAGACACCCGUGAUGCUCCAGAGAGGCCGAAGCGAAGGGGUUGAGGUGUUUUUUCAGGGGUCAUCAAACUUCCCUCAGUGUCCCGAAGUCUGGAAAGGGUCCAGGCUCUUCCACGGAUCGGCAAAACUGCUUCCACAUGAUGAGAGACUAACUAGUCUUUUAGAUGCUGGUUGGCUUUAUCCACUACCUUCAGGCUUUGUUUAUGCUGCACAUACACUAUCAUUCAAAAGUUUGUAGCUCAUGUGUUGUUGAUUAUAAAAAAAAAUUACUAUUUGCUGAGAAAAACUGCAUUAAAUCUGCCAUGUUACUGAAGCUUUCUCUUACAAAUAUAUUCUGUUCUAUUCAUAACAAUAUACUGUAAAAAUGAUCAUAAUUUUCACAAAAAUAAACAAAUAUUUAAUCAUUUUCAGCACUGAGCAGCAAAUCAGCAUAUUACAAUGAUUGGAGACUGGGAUAAUGAUUCCAGAAAUUCAACAUUUUUUAUCAGAAUUAAAUAAAUUCAAGUCAAAUGAGGUUAUUUUUUAAUUGUAAUCAUGUUUCACAAUACUACCAUUUUCCCUGUGUUUUUAAUCAACAAAAUGCAGGCGUUAUGAUAACAUGAUAAACAUACCAAACUUUUGAACAUUAGUGUACAUAAACCCAGUUAUUUUUCCUUACCCAAUCUGUAUUCAUACUUUUCAUGUCCUGAAUCAUCUAAAAGAACUACUUGAAAUCUGAUCUGACUGUUCAGACUGAAACACAUUCCAAAACAAAUUUGGAUUUGAAAUGAAACAAAGGAGGUUACUAAAUCUGACCUUUUUUCAGCAUAAUACGGUUGUUCAUCAUCAAAUGUGUCACCGCGCACUCUUGCACAUUUUAAGUGUAAUUCACUGCCAUACUGUCUUCCCCUUCUUCCAAGUAAUUAAUGCCUAAGGCUGUUCAGAAUGCAGAAGACUAGCUGACUGAAUAUACAGAUAAAUUGUGAACAGUUUAUACAGAUUACUAUUUAAUAAUCUUUGUGUAGAAUGAGGCACUUUACUGUACAUUUUGUGCCAUUCAAAUAUGUAAAUGAGCAAUGUCACACUCGUAGCAGUGUGAUAUGGCUGUAUAUCAGCACUAGUGGGAGGCGUGCAUCCUUAGUGUUCCACCAGUGCUGACACUAAUAAGGCACUGCUACGAGUGUGAUAUUGCUUUAAACAACAGUUUGAGGGCAUAAUUUGUAUAUAUAAAGAGAAUGAACCACGGAGAGUCUAAAAAUCCUUUUUGUACGAAGAACUACUUUCUUCCACCAUUCCUUCACAUCAGCAGCCAGAACAGCAGAAACCGUUGCUACUU